AUGUUUUCCUUUGACGAGGAGCUUGAGCGUGAUCGAUUGUUCCACCAGCACCACGCCCCAGUCUACUCCAUUGGCCGUGGAGGUGCCGGAAACGUCGUUCCUGCCCACAGCAACACUGUUUCAACUGAGCCGGACUCACCACGAAGCUCAACUAGCUCCACUUGCUCAAUCAGAUCAGCUCCCCGCUUCUCAACCUCAAGCAUAAGGUCAGGAGCCGACAAGGUGUGGGACACUUUGACUCGCGUCAACUCGAGAUCAUAG